GGCACUUUCCUCCCGAGUUGCCGCGCAAGUUCGCCACUGGCCGGCGGCGGCAGGAGCGCACGGAGCUUCCCCUGCCCUCGGCCGGCCCGGCUCCGAGUGCAUGGGCGCGGGCCGGGCGGGCCCUGGGGGCUGAGCGGCCGCGCCGCCUCCGCGCCCCGCGCCCCGCGCCCCGCGCCAUGGAGGGCGGCGAGCCCCGCGCGCGGCCCGAGCGCCUGGCCGAGGCCGACGCGCGGGCGGCCGACGGCGGGCGCUUGGUGGAGGUGCAGCUGAGCGGCGGCGCCCCGUGGGGCUUCACCCUGAAGGGCGGCCGCGAGCACGGCGAGCCGCUCGUCAUCACCAAGAUUGAAGAAGGAAGUAAAGCUGCAGCAGUGGACAAGUUACUGGCCGGGGACGAGAUCGUCGGCAUCAACGACAUUGGUCUCUCAGGGUUUCGACAGGAGGCGAUUUGCUGGGCGAAGGGCUCUCAUAAAACCCUGAAGCUGGUGGUGAAAAGGAAGGGUGAGCUGAGCUGGAGGCCGCACUCCUGGCAUGCCACCAAGUUCGCCGAGGGCCGCCCCGACGCGACAGCGGCCCCGGGCCCCUCCGCCAGCGCCUGCGCUUCCUGGCACGGCCGGCACCACGCAAGUUCUUCCUCACAUGACCUGUCGGGCGCGUGGGAGCCCACGAACCUGCAGCGGUCCUCUGACCAGUACAGCUCCCUGGGGAGCGUGGACAGCCUGGACCAGCCGCCCCAGCCCUCCCCCUCCGGACGCCUCUCCGCCGCCAGGUCCAACGGCAGCAUCGAGCGCCUGGGCGGCCAGAGCAAGCGGGACUCGGCCUACGGCUCGCUCUGCACCGGCGCCAGCACGCCCGAGCACAGCCUGCCCAGGGCUGACGCGUCCUCUGCAGAGAACAUCGUCUACAAAGUGGCCCUGUGGGAGGCCUCCGGGGCGGGCGGCCGGCAGGGCCAGGCCGCCAGUGACCCUCAGGGCCUGCAGGAGAGGCUCGGGUCCUUCCCGCCCCAGGCCCCUCGCGACAGCAGCAAAAGCCCCAGGCCAGAGGACAGUUCUGAGGCCAGGCCGGCCACUGCCGGCAGAACGAAUUUUGGGCCGGUCUGGUAUGUGCCCGAUAAGAAAAGAGCACCUUCGUCCCCUCCGCCGCCGCCUCCCCCUCUCCGCAGUGACAGCUUCGCCGCCACCAAGAGCCACGACAAGGCCCAGGGCCCUGCGCUGUCAGAGGGGGCCAGCGGGCAGCACUUUCCAGGCCUGCCCGGGGCGCAGCCCCACAUUGACUGGAGGCCAGAGCCCGCCGACCAGCACUGGCAGCCGCCGUGGGCCGGCAGCGGGAAGGGAGCCAGGAGCUCGGGCUGUGCGCCCCAGGUGCCCCGGGACUGCUCGGUGCCCACCUGUGACCACAGGCCGGGCAGCCCCCCGGGGGCCCCUGGCCGGCUGCAUGCGUCUCUGUCCAGCACGGACGUGCGGUUCCCGCAGGCUUCCUGUGGCUGCCUGCACCCGCGCCAGUACAGUGACGGGAGUCCCUUCUGUCACCACGGCCCCAGGGCCGCCACGUCGCUGAGGGAGCAGCACCUUGUGGCCGUCCCUGGCAGCCCUCAGGAACCUUCCGGAGACCGUCUCCAGGACGACGGCCCCACUCCAGUCAGGUGGCCCGGUGCGACCGAGCCGAAGGGGGACAGUGGUGGGCAGAGCCGCUACCACUGUGUGACCAGCAGACAGUGCCCGCAGGGAAGCGCCCAGGCGGCACAGCCCCGCGAGGAGUCCUGGCGUCCCGACGCGGCCGCGGGCGCCCGCGAAUUCCCCCCCGCGCCCCCGACGGGCCCCAGGCCCCGCAGUCACCUCCGCCAGCAGGAGGCGGCCGCGGAGCCCCGUGAGACAGACCGCGCGGCCGAGGGCCGCCCCGCGGGAGGCGAGGAGCCCCAGGGAGCCGGUGGCAAGGGAGCGGCCGACGGCCUCGCGCGCGCCCAGGGAGACGGCUCCCCGCGCAAGGCGCCGCCGCCGCUCUCGCUGGCCCGGGAGGGGGCGCGCCGGCCCGACGACGGCCAGGCGGCCGCUGCGGAAAGGCCGCCCCCGUUCGACGGCCAGGCGGGCAGGGCCACACGGAGAAGCGACCGCUUCGCCACCACCCUGAGGAACGAGGUCCAGAUGCGCCGCGCCAACCUGCAGAAGAGCAGAAGCACGGCGGCGCUGCCUGGAGGCGGCGACGAGGUGCGGGAGGCCGGCCCCGGCGCCCCCCCGGAAGGGCCCUUCCCGGGCACCUAUAAAGACCACCUGAAGGAGGCCCAGGCCCGGGUCCUGAGGGCCACGUCCUUUAAGCGCCGUGACUUGGAGCCCGGCCCGGCCGAUCGUUUCGCGGCGCCGGCAGAGCGGCGGGCGGAGGAGCACGUCGCCCAUCCGGGGGCCGAGGAGCACAGUGCGCAUCAGGCCGCCGCACCCCACUUCUGGGAGGGGGGGCUGCCCCAGCCGCCCCCGCCGGGAGGGGCCCUGCUGCUCGUGCCGCGCAUCGGGGGCCGGAAACGGUUCACGGUGCAGCAGAAGCUGAAAUCGUACUCCGAACCCGAGAAAAUGAACGAGGUGGGGCUCGCAGGCCCUGAUCGCCGCGACCAGCACCCCGGGGCGUCCGAGGACACCGUGGGCACGUUCGCCGACAGGUGCAAGUUUUUUGAGGAAAGCGGCAGACCCGUCCCCCAGAGACCUGGGCAGAGGCAAGCGCUCUGCGCGCUCCGGAAAGAGAGGCUGGAGCGGCCCCGGACGGCGGGCCACGGGUGUGAGGGUGCAGAGCCUUGGGUCCAGGACAGGGCCCACACGACCUCCCUUGGAGAGAACGCCAGCGGUCACGGAAGAGCGGCGAGCACGGGAAAGCCAGAACCACCUCAGAGACUUGGAACCUUUGCCGAGUAUCAAGCCUCUUGGAGGGAGCAGAGGAAAGCUCUAGAGGCCAGGCGUUCUGGGCGGUAUCACUCAGCGGAUGACAUCUUGGACGCAGGUCUGGAUCAACAGGAGAGGCCGCCGUGCGUGCAUGGAAGGUCGCGCUCCUCGCCGUCCACAGACUUCUACAAACAGGAAGCUGCCAUCGGAACACGACAGCCAGCGGGGGACGCUGGUGCGCACAGAGAGCCGUCCUCCACCGUCUGGGCCGAGGAGGGACGCCCUAGUCCGAGACAAGCGGAUGUGCAGCGGCCAGCAGGCGGAGCGGCAGGACAGCGGGACUCCCCGAAGCCGGCCGCCUCUCCGUCCCCCGCCCGGGAGGCGCGCAGCCGAGCGGGGACCCUCCCUCGAGACUACAGAUACGCUGAGGGGGCGCCGGACGCGCCGUCGGGGCCGCACGCCCGAGGCCCGGAGCCCGGGACCCUGAGCCCCGCGCCCGGCGCCCCGCGCCCAGCCCCUCGGAGGCCACCGCCCCCGCCACCCCCGCGUGAGCCCGGGCAGCCGGGGGGUCCCCGCGGGCCCCCGCCGUCCUCCGGGGCCCCCGCCGAGCAGCCCGGCCGCCAUGUAGACGAGCCCCCCGCCCCGCCGAGGCGCGAGGCCCCGCUCCCAUCGGCGCUCCGGCCCCCGCACGCCCCCACCAUGGAGACGUCCCGCUCCCCUUCUCCUCAGUUCGCCCCACAGAAGCUGACCGACCGACCUCCGCUGCCCGUCCAGGACGAGAACGCCACCAGAAUCGAGCGGGUGAUGGACAACAACACCACGGUGAAGAUGGUGCCCGUCAAGAUCGUGCACUCGGAGAGCCAGCCGGACAAGGAGAGCCGCCAGGGCCCGGCCCGCGCCACCGAGCCGCCCGCGCUGCCCAGCGGGCUGGAGAAGGACCACAUCAAGAGUCUCAGCACGUCGGAGCAGUUCUACUCCCGCUUCUGCGUGUACAGCCGCCAGGGUGCCGAGCCGCCGCCCCCGGCCCCCGCCGCCAAGGACGCUGGGGCCUCUCCGUGCGGACUCAGCUACGUGAAGACCACGGAGAAGACGGCCGAGGACCUGAAGUCGGAAGAGCUGGCCCGGGAGAUCGUGGGGAAGGAUAAGUCUCUGGCCGACAUCCUGGACCCCGGCGUGAAGAUCAGAACCACCAUGGACCUGAUGGAGGGCAUCUUCCCCAAAGACGAGCACCUCCUGGAGGAAGCCCAGCAGCGGAGGAAGCUGCUCCCCAGAAUCCCGUCCCCUGGGACCGCCGAGGAGAAGAAAGAGGAGCCGAGCGUGCCGGCAGCCAUGUCCCUUGCCACCAACUCUACGUACUACAGCACAUCGGUCCCCAAGGCGGAGCUGCUGAUUAAGAUGAAGGAUCUGCAGGAGGCGCAGGAGCCAGAGGAGUAUUCGGGGAGCGACUUGGACCACAACCUGGCAGUGAAGAAGCAGGAGCUCAUCGAGAGCAUCAGUCGCAAGCUGCAGGUGCUCCGCGAAGCCCGGGAGAGCCUCCUGGAGGACAUCCGCGCCAACAGCGCCCUGGGGGACGAGGUGGACGCCAUCGCCAAAGACGUCUGCAAACCCAACGAGUUUGACAAGUUCCGGAUGUUCAUUGGGGACCUGGACAAAGUAGUGAACCUUCUGCUGUCGCUGUCGGGCCGGCUGGCGCGGGUGGAAAACGCCCUCAAUAACUUGGAUGACACUACUCCUCCUGGCGAUCGGCAGUCGCUGCUCGAGAAGCAGCGGGUCCUCACCCAGCAGCACGAAGACGCCAAGGAACUGAAGGAGAACCUGGACCGCCGGGAACGCGUCGUGUUCGACAUCCUGGCCGGCUACCUCAGCGAGGAGGGCCUGGCCGACUACACGCACUUCGUGAAGAUGAAGUCCGCCCUCAUCAUUGAGCAGCGCGAGCUGGAAGACAAGAUCCGCCUGGGCGAAGAGCAGCUCAAGUGCCUGUGGGACAGCCUGCAGCCCGAGAGGGGCAAAUAGGUGACCCUCCGGGCUCCGAUCCGGGCGCAUGCCCAGACCCCAGCCUGUAUUUAUACCCGCGGCGCGCGUCCUCCAGGGGCGAGAUGGCUGCUUUAGAGAAGCAAUAACCUCCAUGUGUGUUUGCGAGGAUUUAUUUAAUGUUUGUCAGCCUCCCUUUGAACGCUGAGCAGAAAGUCUCCCCGUCAGCCAUUUUGCUUUGCAGGUUCCCACACGUGGCCCCAGCCUCCGGGGGGUGGUGGGAGCUCACAGUGUAGACUGUGGGCUCCACUCGUAUAGUGCAUGCAAGUGGUCCUUCUCACUGGUAGGUGUGCCCUUCCUCCCGUCUUCACAUCCUGAACCACCCCCCCGGGAGGCAGCCCGAGUGAGUCUCGAAGGUGCGUGAGAGGGGAGACCCUGGCUCCCAUCUUGCCUGCGAUUCCCGCGGGGCUUGGGCUGCCCCGAUGUACCCCGUUCGUCCACUGGUGUGGACCCUUCCUCGUCCCUCGUUCAUGGUCUCCCAGCAAAAACCACGAUGGUGUGAUGAUGAUUUAUUAACAUUUUGGAAAGGGGAAUGGUUUCCAAGUGGCUAAAAACCCACUGUGAAAUGAACGACUCAUGCGCCCUGAAAUCGCCACGUAAAGAAAUAGCGUGCGUGCUUCAAACACUCACAUAACACGGGAGCUUAGUCCUGACAUCACAGUCGGAGUGAUCCUUCCCUGCAAAUGAAAUUCCUUGGGUAAUAGUGUGUCCAGUAGUAGUAACAUGCUCGGUAGAUAUUUGUUUCAUGGGACCAACAGCGUAUUUCUGAAAAUUUUUCCAUAACACUUAUUUUGUGUGCAUAUGGUUGUUAGUGACACUGGGCUGCAUUUCUCUCUUUGAAUAAAGCACCAUGCAACAGGGUUACUUCCCGUUUACUUGUAAGAACCUUUGCUCUGCUUUCUCAGAGGCCUCGUGGACUGCGACAGCUCCCAAACCCGAUCUUUCCCGCCGCAGAGUUUUAGAUUCCAUGCCCUUUUUAUUAGUGGAAAUUGCAAGCUUCUCACGAGAGCCUGUUCGCUAAAAAAAAAACCCCGUCGUGCUGUCAGUUACCAGUGGACAAGCCACAGACUGGGUGGAGAGAUGUGCGCCUCACGUAUCUGACAAAGGAUCUGUAUCUGGAACGUAUAAAGAACUUCCAGAAGGCAACCAUGAGAGAACCAACGGCCGGUUAGUACGCAGGCCAGAAGCAUAACUUGGUGGUACACCAAUGAAGAUGUGUGCUGGGAAGAUGUUCAGCCACCAGUGGCUUGGUUGUAUACUCCAUUUAACCUACACCGAUGCCACCUCCACAGGCGCUCGUCAGAUUAAACGCAUGGUAAAUGGCAGGACAGCCCUUUGGACGAUGUCACGUUGAAGUGAUGUUCAGACAUUCGUUUGAUCGAGGGAUCAUUUGGAUCCUUGUUUCCCCAUUCCCAUAAAAGUUUUCCAACAGGUGGGGGGCACGACUCUCUGUCCAUGGGGACCGCUGCCUUACCAGAACGCAUGUGCACACAAAUGUCUUAACGGACCGACAUCUGUACUUGAUGAGCCAGCCUGGGGGAGCAGGACCCCUGAGCCACAGCCCUGACAUCUCUCCACCCCACGGGGGGGCCAAACUGGCACACUUCAGGAACGCACGCAAUAAACCCUCUUUUUGGCAACCCACUCAUGCCGGAAAGGUCAAUGCCCUUCCAGAAGUUUCCAUUCCUGUUAAAUUAAGCUAUUUCUGACUUGAAAAAACAACAACAAAACCCAUCCUGCCAAUGGAGUGUCCUCCCUCCGUCCUGGUGGGGUCCCUUCCUGUGAAAACUGGUCACUUCAGAGGAGGCGAAGCCAGCCAUCCACGGACCUCCGUCAUUCUCCCGCAGGGAGACAAACACAGUAAUUUCAGUGUGUUUUGCUUUUAAUUUAGACAAAGCGUGUAUCUGUGAGUCUUUCCCUUCGAAUACAGUAUUGUGGGUCAUUUUGGUGAUAUAUCUGUAAAAUGUGAAUAACAGAAGGUAUGUGUCUAUACCCAAGCUCUUUAGGUCUUUGGAAGACUUUCUCUUAUACAUAGCAAUAUACAUUCCUCUGUCACCUUGCAGCAAAGCACAUGUAACUACUGUCCUGGGCAUCCCCCUGUUUGCUCCCUCAACGUCUAGUUAGCAGGGACCCAAAGAUCCCGUGAGUCAGUGUACAUAUCUUUGUGUAUAGCUGUGUCAUUGCAUACAGCCACAACCUGGUGCUAAUGUUUUCCCCGCAGCACUCUUCGGUGGCGGCCGAUUCCUCCCCCUCUGACAGUACGGCUGUGGGAUGCUCUGUAUAGCGAGAUUUCAGUCAGGGGCGUUGCGUGUGGCUUUUAUCCUGCAGUCCCGCGUGGAAGAUGUGGACCUACUUCAUGCUCAACACUUACCAUGUACUUCUCGUCUUGUCGUCCUGCUUGACUUUAACAGAAUAAAUCGUGUCUUUGAGUGAACGGA